CUCACAUAUAGCUGUGCUGUGUGAUCUUAACCUAUAUAUUAAAAAUAAACUUUACUUGUCCUAAACCGAAUAAUCAAUUUACGAACGGAAAUGAAUAGAAAUUUAAUAAACAUUUCAUUUAAUAGGCUGUUUCACAUCUCGUCGCACUACAAUGGACAAGCAAAAACUAUGAGGAAGAUUAUGGGGGAAACUAAAAAGAAAAAGUUUAAGUAUCGUACGGAACCGCUUCUAUCACAACCAUCAACGUUCACUGUGGGAGCAAAUGAAGGAAAGAAAUCGUCUAACACUAGACGAGUGAAUGUACUGAACAAAUUAUUUAUGAGAUACAUUACUGAUCUGAUGUCCACAGGUGAAUGCUCGUCGGCUUUCGUAGGGCAUGGCAUCGAAAUAAAUAACGUGCAGAUCACAUCAGAUUUUUCUUGUGUACGAAUAUAUUGGAGUACUAAGAAUGUUGAAAAUAAGGCGAUCGAAGAGAUUUUGACAAAAAAUGUAGGCAUUCUAAGACACGAAUUGGCACAAUUGAAAAUAGUUGGUGUUGUUCCGAGCUUACAGUUCGUGCGAGAUAAACAAUUUGCGAGAUUGGCCCAGGUUGAUAAGUUGCUAUCAGAGGCGGAUUAUGGAGAUGACCAUGUACCUCUUGAGUUAACUGCAAGAGUUAAGGCACAAUUGCAAUUGAAUACAAGCUUAAAUUCAUACAUGCAAAAAAUUGAGAAACUGGAUAAAACAAGUAACGAAGAAUGUGAUGGUAUACCUUCAAUGCCAAAUGAUGUUUUUGGUUUAAAUCAUUCCAAAAUUAUGGAAGAGAUAACAAGCGCAGCAAAGAAAUCAAAAGCAAUACAUAGGGACAAAUUGCGUGGGGACUUGGAACCUACCACUCUUAUUAAUAAAGAUCCUAUUCAGUUCACUAGCGAACAGGAAGAAAAGGAGGCAUUUCGACAGUUUUUACAAAAGCAGCAGAUUAUGAAAAGUAAAAUGCAAAGAGAUAUUAAAAAACAAAUAGCCGAAUUAGAACGAGUGGAAACUGUAUGGAUCGAACAGCAAGAAAUGGAAAAUGAAACUGUAGAUGAAAAAGAUUUUAUUGAUGAUGAUUUUGAUAGUUUUAAUAAAAGUUAAUAAUGU